ACCAAUCUUCAAGUUCGUUCUACAUAAAACGCUGACAUCUAAACGUCUUUCGUUAAGAAACAUCAAAACAAAAUGCCAAUUUCUUAAAGUUUAAGCCAAAUAAAUUGAAUAAAUAAAUCCUGGUGAAACACAAAAACAACAUCGAGAAAAUGUCUAGUCUUCAGAAGUCGGUGCUUAAAUCUCGUUUGCCACCGGCAGUUCCGUCAUCGACAAGAUCAAGAGAUGGCUCAUUUAAAAAAAACCGACAGAAGGAUUACACGCCCACGAUGUGGAGUGAAUACUUUCACGAACAGAAAGAUGUCAAGAUCGACAAUCAGCAUUUUCGCGUAUAUUUGUCACGGUCACCAACGGAAGAAUCUGGGCCGCUGAUAGUAUUGUUACAUGGUGGCGGAUUCUCGGCAUUGACAUGGAGCCUAUUUGUUACUGAAAUCACAGCUGUGUUACAUUGUCAAUGCAUGGCAAUCGAUUUACGCGGACAUGGUGACACCAAAACGACAGACGACCAAGAUUUGUCGGCAACAACCUUGGCAACUGACGUGGCCAAGGUUUUGGAAGCACUGUAUCCCGAAAAUCCUCCACCAAUCAUGAUCGUUGGCCAUUCAAUGGGCGGAGCGAUCUGUGUACAUAUUUCACAUUUGCGUCUGAUUCCAACAUUACUGGGAUGCGUUGUCAUUGACGUCGUAGAAGGAACCGCUAUGGAUGCACUAGCGAGCAUGCAGAGCUUUUUGAGAUCUCGACCAUCACACUUUAAAAGUAUCCAACACGCCAUCGAAUGGAGCAUUCGAAGUGGACAGAUACGCAACGUCGACUCGGCCAAAGUAUCUAUGCCCGGACAAAUUGUUAAUUGUGGCAGCGGUUUGCUAGCAACCAACGAACUACCUCUUCCCACAGGUGAAACCGAAUCAUCUCCGCCAAUCAAAUUCACAAACCCAUUAGCGAUAUCUGAGGAUGCUGAGCUGGAGACGACGGAUGAACCAACUGUUUUCCCAUCGUUCAAAACACCCACCGACUUGACGGACAAUAAAAAAUAUCGUUGGCGAAUCGAUUUAGCAUCGUCCGAAAAAUUUUGGACUGGCUGGUUCGAAGGCUUGAGUCAAAAGUUCUUGGACCUUCCAGUUCCGAAACUGCUGUUACUCGCCAGCAUUGAUGGUCUCGACAGGACAUUAACCGUUGGUCAAAUGCAAGGAAAAUUUCAAAUGCAAGUAUUGGCCAGAUGCGGUCAUGCUGUGCACGAAGAUCGACCACAUGAAGUAGCAGAAGUGAUUGCCUCGUACAUGGUACGAAAUAAAUUCGCAAAACCGUCCACCGAUUUUGUGCGACAAAUGCCAGCAUGUUAGCACAAAAGGCGAAUCGGCAGACACGAUAGAUGUUAUUUUAAAAAUUUCAAGAAAAAUUAUAUUUGUAACGUGGAUGUGCGCACCUAUUGACGGUGCUUAGUGUUUAGCGUAGAGUACACGAUUUCAAGUCUAACAUACAACUCAAAUAGAAAUAUUUCGCUUCAAA